AUGAUGACAGCCCUUGCUGCGGCACCCGUGAAUGGUCAGGACUCCGGGGCCGAAACGGGGACGGAGCACAGCCCAUCCCGAUUUACCGCCGUCAACGGCAGAGACCCCGUGAUCCCUGGCAAUGGAAAUGGAACUGGGCCAACGCCCAGUACCCUCCCCAAUGGAGAACGGGCACCCGCCCAAGAAAAGAACAUAGAUUUCAAUCAACGAGAUGACCGGGAUGAUCCUGCCCAUGAUCAAGAGAAGUGGUCACAAAGAUCAUCACCCGGCUCGUCCAAGAAUAAGAGAAAGAGAUCCGAGUCCCAAGAACGAGCUUCUCCAAAUCCCGACUUGAAUGCCUCUAGGAGCCCGGUGCAUCGUCCCGAGGGCAAUCAACCCAAUCCGAAUGGCAGCAUGCAAGGAUCGAUGUCAGAGAUGGAGCGUGGCAAUCAUUCUGCAACACCAUCCCACCGAUCUGAGGCCAACGAUCCUGGCCAGACCUCCGCCAAUAGUCCAUGGUCGGAAUAUGAUUCUCAGCUGAUCACCCAGGCACAACGCGCCCAGCAAAUGGAUGUGUCGGAUGCGCAUCUAGCAGACGCUCUUCAACGCGAGGCAGGCCAAGAAAGGUCCGUGACAAAUCGCUCGACUCCCGGCACUCAGCAGCCAUCCUCUCCUAGUUAUGCACCAGAACGACAUGGGGCAAUGCAGGUGGCUCCAAAGCGGAAGCGGGUAUUCAGUAACCGGACGAAGACAGGUUGCAACAACUGUCUUCGUGGAGGCUUCCUGUGUGAAGGAUAUUCAUCCCGAAGCACUUGGCAAAAGCCAUCUAGUACAAAAACCCCGAUCCCUUUGCAGUCCAAAGAAGGCUAUUCAGACAUUAAUGGCCCAUAUAUGCAAGAAACGCCUCGACACCAAGAGCGACAACCCAACCUAGUGGAGCAUGUCGAUGCGACAAAAACUAGGCCCCUGGGGGAAGAGACCGACCGUCCUGUUCAACAAUACAACGCGAGCCCAACACAUACACCAUCUAACCAUACAUGGUCAAAACAAACCUGGCCAGGUGCCGCCCCGGGGCCAGGGCCUAAUACCGGUCAUCCUUCUUAUCCAUCCGAGCCCAUGGCGAAAGUGGUUGAUUAUCGGGAAGUCCCACCCAUCCAUGAGCUAUCGCGGGAAGGACGUCCUAAACCUGACUAUCCGGUCAUCUCUUCACUCCGGGACCUCAGUCAUCCAUCUCAUCCUAAAUCCAAUAUGCCCUUGUUCCAAAAUGGGCCUGAGCAACGAACAUUGCCCGCGGCGGCUGUGGACACCCACAGUCCCCAGGCGCAGGCUCGAAUGGCACUCAGCAUUGAGCAUCAACUGUCUGGCCGGACCGUCUCGAGUGACGAGACCGAAAAGGAAAAGAUGAUUCGAGGCAAACUUUACCGACCAUUUGACGUUCAUCUCGUGGAGGAAAGGGAUCGUUGCCGUGGCGCAUUAUGGAGAUUUAACAACGCCUGCAACCCUCUCACCGGCAUUAGUUCGAAAGAGCAAAACCGUCUUCUGAAGGAGAUCAUCGUACCCCCGGCAGGUUCCAUUACCAAUUCACCUGGACCCGGCGUGCCUCGCUCUGCCGGAUCCAUCGGCCAAGGAGCGGUCGUCGAGGCCCCUUUUAGUUGCCAUUAUGGUUACAAUAUCCACAUCGGGGAAGAUGUCAUGAUUUCGGAGAAUUGCCUGUUUGUGGAUGACUGUGUGAUCCGCAUCGGUGCUCACACAUGGAUAGGCCCCAACGUUAAAAUAAUUAGUUCAACUGCUCAUCCCAACAUGCAAGAGCGCAAAGGAUCGCAAAGUCGGUAUCAAGGUCGUCAGGUCAUCAUUGAAGAAGAUUGUUAUGUGGGCGCAGGAUGCAUCAUUUACCCAGGGGUUCGUCUUGCUCGAGGGGUUUAUGUGGCUCCAGGAGAGAUUGUCAAUGCAAACAUCGCCGGUUACAUGUUUCAGGGGUCCAAGCCCAGCUUUGCUAUGUGA